AUGCACGCCACCACUCUCAUCCAUUUCUUUCUGGCUCUUGCAGCCACUGCCAAACCUAUCAUCCCGGACAGGCCCACAGACGUAGUCGUUCACGAGACUAGAGACGUCAAUGCUCUGGGGCUAGUCACUCGCACUGAUCUUGAGGAUGGAGACUCGUCUAAGUGUCCCAAGGCCAUCUUGAUCUAUGCCCGUGGCAGUACUGAACCUGGAAAUAUUGGCAUAACUGUAGGACCGGUUCUUGUUGCAGCCAUGCAACUUGCUAUUCCAGACAUCUGGAUCCAAGGUGUUGGUGGCCCAUAUACGGCUGACCUCCUGGCAAACUUCCUUCCCGAGGGGACUAAUGCUGCAUCGAUCAACGAAGCAAAGAGGCUCUUCCAAAUGAGCCACGCCAAGUGCCCUGAUACCCCGGUUGUCACUGCUGGAUACAGUCAGGGUGCGGUUGUCGUUGGCUAUGCCUUAUCUAAACUGGAUGGCGCCACUCAGAAGCAAGUUGUCGGCACUGCACUCUUUGGCUAUACCAAAAAUAAGCAGUUGGGAGGCCGUAUCCCAAACUUCCCUAUCGAUCGAACCAGAGUAUUUUGCUUACCUACUGACAUUGUCUGCGAUGGCGCCUUGUUUGUUCUUCCAGCCCAUUUUCUCUACGGUGUGGAUGCUGCCAUCCCAGCUCCUCAGUUCCUUCUUGGGCAAAUCCAGAAGCUUGGAUGA